AUGUACUGGGAACAGGCCCCUGAUGUCAGUGUUCCUUUAGUCUUCAACUCCAUGUCAAGAAAUAGGUUUCGGGAAAUAAAGAGAUUCAUUCAUCUCAACGACAACUCCAAAAUAGACAGAAACGACAAGAUGUACAAACUGAGGGUGUACUUUGAAAUGCUGAAAAAGAAAUUUGGUAAAUUUGGUGUAUUUCAUUCAGAACUCUCAAUUGAUGGAAUGAUGGAACGUUAUUAUGGCAAACAUUCAGCUAAAAUGUUUCUUAGGGGAAAGCCUAUCAAAUUUGGAUAUAAAAUUUGGUGUCUUACAAGUUCCAAUGGCUUUCUUUACAAUUUUUCGCCAAACUGUGGCAAGACUGACAACAAACAGGAGCCUUUAGGUGCAAGGGUAAUAAAUGAACUAACCAGCAUGAUUCCAGAAUCAGAGUAUCCGAAUUAUAAGCUUUUCUUUGACAACUUUUUCACCAGUGUUGACACACUGAACACACUCGGAAAGAGUAAAAUGAAAGCUGCAGGAACAAUAAGAGAGAUCCGAACUAAUGCAUGUCCUUUGACUGACUCGAAAAGAAUGGCAAAAGAAAAGGAACGAGGAUUCUAUGACUACAUGUUUGACAAAGAGAACGAAGUUCUGGUUGUGACGUGGAAUGACAACAAACCAAUAUGUUUAGCGACAAAUUACAGUACUAUUACUCCUCUGAGUUCUACUAAAAGAUACUCACGGGCAAAGAAAAAGGAAAUAUCUGUUACAUCUCAUUGA